CCGGCCGGGGAUUUCUCUCCAGUCCGGAUUCCGCCCAACGCAGCUCUAGAAAGCAGAAGGGAGAAAGAAUCCAGGCCUCAUCCAAGGGUCUCCUGCCCCCCCCCCCACCCGCGGUGGGGGCCGGGCAAGAGGCGGGGCUAUGUGGAGCUGGGAAGCGGAGCGAGGUGGUUGGGAGUGACCCUUUAGUGGGGCCAUGGAGAAGCCGCGAUCUCUGGGAGCUGCUGGCGGCGUUAGCGGAGAGUCAGGAGUAACCCGGCGAGUGCCAGGGAGCGUCAGAGUAGUCGACGCUGGCUCCGGAAUGGCCUCCGGGGAAGUCUUGUUUCAAGAUUCUGGAUCUCCCCUGCACUCUGAGGAAAUCAGUCCUACUUCCUGCCAGUCCCUCGUGGAAGUAACUGCCCUCAGUUCGGGGUCCAACUCCAACGAGAGCCUUGGGGAAGCCGUAGGCCCCCGCCGUGGGCCCUGCACAAACUGCGCUCACAAUCCGCCCUUUACCGGAGCUAGUGUUUCUGGGACGUGGAGCCUAGGGUCUGGAGCGACUGGGGUGUACAACUCAGGAUACAGUUCGCAUUCUGAGCCAACUUACUUGUACCCCUCCAAAUCUCGUGAAAUCCGGGGCAUCCUUAAAAGCAGUUCCACUCCAAAGUCUAGAGGCCCGACUCAGGAGCGGAAGAAGUAUCAACACUGGGAUGAAAUGAACAUUCUGGCCACCUACCACCCAGCUGACAAGAACUAUGGAUUUAUGAAAGUGGAUGAGCCCAGCACCCCCUAUUACAGGUUGCAGGACAGCGAUGAGGACCUGUCCCCGGAGUCCUCCGGCCCACUGACUCCCGAGAUGCUAACAGAAAGGUUGACCACAAUGGGCAGUUUGUACCCCAAGGUCCUCCGGUAUGGUGACAACAGAAGACCAGAAUCUCCAGACAUCUUUUCUAAGACAUACUCCAGUGAUUUUGAGAAGCACCGCAAGGCACACUAUGAUGAAGGAAAAUUCUUCAAGGCUCAGAAAAAUCUGUCCUUGGACAGUGAGAAGAGCAGUGAGAGUAAUGUCAGUGUGGACAGUAGCACUGAGGUUGUGAUGAGUCAGGACUCGGAGCCCAUGGAGAGAGACUGGACAGGAGGACUGACCAGAGGAGUCAGAGACAGAGGAAUCCUGGCUGCCAAGAACCAUAUUCUAAAAAACAAAGAAAUCAGUCCCAAGAGCUAGCCACUGGCUUAUCGCAGAAGGAGUUUGAGCUGAAACGCAAGGAGUACUAUAGCAAAGGAAGAUACCUGCGAUGCUGUGCUUACCCGGAGCUUGAGGAGGACAUAGAAGAUCAGCAGCAGGACUGUGAGAGGCGGGCUGGG